GCCGUGACGUGCCCUGCUCCUACUCCUUCGCCCCUUCUCCAUCCAAAAAUCUUCGUCCGACACCACUGUACCUCUCUUCAAUACAAUUCAUACGAUAGCUUUACUCCCUUCUCGCCAAUAGCCUUGAUCUUUUACGCAAUAACUACGGGUUGAUCUCAGCUGUCCCUUGCUUUCCGAACGACAGAGGGCAACGGGGCGAGGCUAGAUCUUGUCUCCCUCUAGGCGAGGAACUUGGUCUGGCUCACUGCAUGCUACAGGGGCGAGAUAGUCCUCUGGUGUUGUUGAAAUCACGCGGUCACAUUGGUUGCUAACAGGUAAAUAUCUGAUUGUGCUUGUAGCUAGCUUUCGGGGAGGGUUCCUUCCAAGCCUUCACUCCCCAUUCAUUUACCCCUGGUAAACGAAGGAAUUAACCCCCGAUCAAUAAAUCUGCCCUUUUCCCUAGGCUGUUGUCGGUGAUGAGGGACGACACCGAAUCAACCGCUUCUCUCGCAUACCCUCAUUGUGACUCGCCUUCGUCUGAACAACCUGCCUCCCCUACUUUCAAGCACUCACUAGUGCCGUUGGAGCCGCUCUGGGCCAACGAUUUCCCACACGGUUUAACACCGCCUCCAGAGUCCUUAGACCCCGGCGAGUUGUACCUGGAUUACCAGAGUUCUAUAUAUUCGGCUGGACAGCUGGAAUCGAAUUCCACCCAUCCUUUCGAGACUCCGGGCAUCCGACAACCUCCUACACCCCCAAGGGCUGAACCCUCGCCCACACUACACAAGUCUCCUUCCGACCUUUCAGGAGGGAGUCAGGACUCUGACGGUCCAUCACCGGGAUCCAGCAUACCAACCCCCAAAGCUAUUUUUCCCGAAGGGGAUGUCAAAAUGAUGGACCUUGAAUUGGAUGCUGUUUCUAAUACUAAGGAUGAACCGGGAAUGGAUUUUGUGGGAUUUUCGGACGAAAUGGCGACCCAAGGAUUUGGGGAAGGGGGUCAGCAGUUUGGCAAGACGAUGACGGAAUUCUUCGACUUCGAGAGUGCGGCUAGUUCACCACUUAAUACUACGAGUCAAUUGGAUCCGCCUGACCCAAAUUCCAAAUUCCAACCUUGUUCUCCGUUUCGCCGAAGUCUCAGUCCGCAACCGCAACCUUUUCAGCAUACCUUCUCAGUAGGCACACCGUCCUCCAACUGGUGCGCGGGGAUGCAUUAUGCUGGUGACACUAGACUUGAUAGCAAUAGUAACGGGGUCACGCCAGCGCGGCCUUCACCGAACAGGGUUAACAGGAGGAAACGAACUCUUCCCGGGGGAAACUUUGAUAAUUUACAGGAUACAUCGGAUGAAGGAUCCAGGCUUGUCAACAUCUCACCCCCAGCGGUAUGUGGUAUAUUCGUGCUGCGCAGUUCCUUUGAUGCCUGGUCGACUCGAUAAUAGGGGCAUCAAGUGGUUUUUUUUUCCCGGGCAUUUUCGGAGGGCUAACGUUUAAGACAGAGAAAGAUGGUGACUGGUCCAGCUUCAGGAUCGUUUAGUCUUACGAGUUUUGGGUAUCACGAGCUUUCCCAGCAAGCCGGAAUUUCAUUUGAACCUACUCAGCCCUUUGAGGUACAACAAGUUCAGCUGCCGUUGACUCUUAGCGUCGAUCAAAUUCCUGCAAAGUCUCGGGUCGAAACUCAGAUUCUCGUCAAGUUGCACCUAUCUCCUUUUCCGAGAUCGGUGACCAAGCUACACCUGCCCCGUCAUUGCAUCUCGAAGCCAAAGUUAUAUGCAAAGCCACCCGUGAGGAAAUCACCCGACAUGUUGGAGUUACAUGCGAGCCUAGUCUGUGCUAGUGCGAUGAGGAAACCGGAAUUGUUGCAGAGAGCCUUAGCCCGGGCUCGUGGCGAAGGGCCACGAUCAUUUAAGACGGAGUCGCAGCGGGUUGAGGGUGCCGAAGGGUCAAGUGGGGAGGAUUCCGAUAACAAGGACUCGUUAUCGGGCCCUGACAAAUCUCCAUCAGACGAGGAGAGUCCUUUGAUGGGUGGUGAAGUGAAGAUAUGUGUGGGGUGUAUUUCAAGGGAGAGGAAACGGGCUGCAAGGAAGAAGCCCAAGCAGAUCAAAGAGGAAGAGGAAUGGAUGAGGGACGAACCGAAAAGGGCUGUAGUCUUUAAUAACCAUGAGGUCCGGGAAUGGUUGUCAACUUCCGGAAUGCAAUCUCUUAAUGGCGGCAUGGAUGGUAGUGGUGUGUUGGGCUCGUGGGAAGAUGGCAUGAUUAUGGAGCUUCACAUGAGGCUUGCCUGCUAUUGUCGGCACCAGGGCGAAAAGGAAGGAUUUAGGUGAGAUUCGCAUAUGUCGUUGCGGUUUAGCUGGAGAAGAUAUUGACAUCUUUUUGAAGGGUUAUCUUUACCGUCAAAAACCAUGAAGAUGCAGUGAUUGCACAGCAAAUCACCAGCUCCAUACUGAUUACAGAUGAUCAUAAGUCUAGUGCUGCAACUCCUACGAUAAAUGGUGGAUCCCAGGAUAUCAAACUUGUAGGAACCGGGUAUCAGCCUCCCCAGAACCAGCUUCCUUCAAACAUUUUUGGCGCCCCCGUGCCCGGUAUUUCAUCACACGACAAGCAGCAAAGUUUCAAUGCCACGGGCCCUGAUGCUCAUGGGUCGACACCUCAAUCACCACCCUUCUCACAAAACUCAUUUUCCCCUCCCCCUCCCUUUGGCCGCAAUAUGUCUCCCGCGUCCCCUAUGGCAUCUACCGUAUCGCACCAGCAGUCGCCCCCGCCUCUACUACCCAACGGAAACCCCGCUAGCAAGAAGAGGAGGAUAAACUCUGCUCCUAAGGUGCCGGCUGGCUUGACAAUGACUCGAAUGGACAACCCACGCCCUUCAUUCCAACAGAAUGGGCCCCUAAUCAUGAACAACCAGCCGUCCCAACUCCAAGCACCCGCCCUCAAUCCUUUCACGUCAGCCCAGUCUCCUCAGGCGUUUUGGACUGAGGAACCUAUGACUCCAUCCGGGAUGAGUGAUCAUGCGGGAUUCCAGUUCGAUUCGACCCCGAAUACCGGUUUUAAUGGACUCGAUAGCAGAAGCCAAUUUGCCUCGCCCCAAUCUGCCCGCCCCAGCCGUGCCCCUAGCCCAUCUCCCCAAGAAGCCUUCCUACGGGCUCAGCAGGCUGCACCUCGGAUUCCUAUACAUCCGCAGAGUCAAGUGAGGCAUGCCCAAACACAUAAUUUCCAAGCUGUUCCUCCAGAGCCUGAGGUCAGCCAGAUUCCAGAAAUUAGUCGACUGGUCCCCCAGGAAGGGACAUGUAGGGGUGGAAUUGAAGUGACUGUACUUGGGCGGAGUUUUGUACCAGGGUUAAUGGUCCUUUUUGGUGGGACGCCAGCAUGUUACAACUUCUUCUUUAGCCCAACAACUAUGGUCUGCCUAUUGCCUCCCAAUGCUUCCCCAGGGCCAGUAGUUGUGUCAAUCAAAAAUGUUCAACUCGGGACGGGCGCGGACAAGGUUCGAUUUUUUACAUACAUUAAUGAUGCUGACAAGUCUUUGAUGGAGCUUGCUCUACAAAUUGUUGGGAUGAAAAUGCGGGGGACAAUGUCUAACCCCCAGGAUAUUGCACGGAGUAUCAUUGAGGGUGAUACAGGAUCCGCAUUCAGUCAGGGAUCCCCACGUGCCCCGCAAGAUGGGACUAGCGGCUCCCAACAACAUCAACAAUACCUCCGACGCCUAGCAGGCGAGAGCGGCUUUGGACGCCACGGACUUGAGGGGACUCUGCUGAAAUUCUUGGACGCUAUGGAUCUCGACGAGAGCCCUUAUCCCUUCCGCCUCGAUCUGGCGAACAAGGCGGGCCAAACCAUGCUUCACUUGGCGUCUAUGCUUAAUAUGGGGCGGUUUGCUGCUGCCCUCUUAGCGAGGGGAGCGUCUGUCCAAGCUGCUGAUACUAACGGGUACACACCUUUACAUUUUGCAGCACUGCAUCGCCAUCUUGAGAUCUACAGAAGACUUUUGCGCCACAAUGCAAAUCCCAACUUACAGACGAGAAAUGGAGAUACUGCGAUAGAUCUUGCCUUCAAACAAGGGUCUUCGAGGGGGAGGUCGCAACAUGAUACUCGCUCCCGACACCAGAGCCGUGCCAGCUCUACAUCAUCCGAGAAUCAUUUUGGAAGCCGGAGCAGAACGGGCAGUUCGGCAUCUCUCAGUGCUAUGUGGGACCCAAGUGGGAUGGAGACUGGACGCCAAAAGUAUGUUGGGGUCGAUGAUUUCUUUGGUGCUACGGACGAGAGUAGUAGUGGUGAUGGCGAUGAUAGCGUGGAUGAUCGUUGGAUGCACUCCAGGAAAGGUAGCCGCCAUGAGACCGCAGCGGGCAACGCUUCGCUUGGUGACAGUGUUCUCGCGAAAGACCGAGCUCCGCCUGUGCCUGGCGUCAUGGCCCCCCCUUCUGAAGGGCUUGCUCCAGCGGCUGUUGUAACGGCCUGGAGGGAGCAAAUUGCUGCGAGCAUUCAAAAUUUGCAAAACCUUCAGUGGAAUCUCCCGGCAAUGCCAACUGCUGCGGAUUACCAGCAUAUCUUCCAGAAUCCCAUGGCCGCCCUUCAGAGCCCUAUGGCUAGAUUCCAUGCGCUAAUGCCACCGUCGCCAUUUGCGCAAGACAGGGAUGUGGUCGGUGAUCCAGAGAUCAAGAAAGGUCAGUACACCUGGUGGGAACUCUUCAGUGCUCCCCAGGCGCCUCCCGCGUAUGACGAACUGUUCCCGCACCAGCCUAGCAGUUCCCAUAACCCUCCGGGAGAUAUUAUCUUGGAGAGAGGCUUGGCGGUCGAUAGCGCAAAGUUACUAGAAGAGGCAGAAUUCGUGCCCCCCGGAUCUUCCGGAUCCUCGAGCUCUGCAUCUUCACUCGACGUCAAUGAGCUGAGAUACCGCAUCGCAAGAGGCGUGCGGGACAUGACAAGGGAGCAACAAGAUGAGUAUCGCACGCAUGCCAGGAAGAUGAAGAAGAUUGAGAGCGAUCGUCGUCUGUACUUUUUCUGGGUAAGCAAAAGCCAUACACUCUUGAUAACAAGUUACUGACCGACGACCAACAGCUCCCCGCGUUGAUACUAAUCCUCAUCGCCAUGGCAAUGAGCUACGGCCCAGCAGUUUGGUACGCGUUGAAAGUUAUCGUUUCGUUCGUAAGAGCGGUAUUCGAGGAUCCUUCUAGCAUCAAGGAGAGCAUGGCCGUGAUGGCAUCGGGCGUGGCUGUGGCGGGCGGGUUUCUGGAACCUGGGGUAGCACCUGUUGUAUGA